CUAGUCGAUUGAAUAAGAAGGAACCCAAAACAGAGGAACAAAAAUCUAUAUGCAGCUCAAAUGUCCGAGUCUAACUUGAAUUCGUUGUUGGAAGCAGUUAGAAACGACGAUGUUAAUUUGGUCAGCAUGUACCUGCCAACCUGUCAAGAAUUUUUUGAAGCUACUGCAGCUCCUUCGACGUAUAGAGAUGAAAAUCCUUUUCUAGUUGCCUGCAAGCAUGGCAGCCUUCGUUCUGCCGAGCAAAUUGCAAGAAAUUAUCGACAGUUUCUUAGGGUCAGAUAUCAGGAAGGGUAUACUGCCUUGCACUUGGCUUGUUCAAGAGGUGAUCUUCCACUUGUAGAGCUCUUGCUGAAGCUUGAUUCUGAGCUUUGCUUUGAGAAGGACAAGUUCUCCAUGAUUCCUCUCCAAACAGCUAUUUCGUUUGGUUAUACAGAAGUGAUAAGUACAUUGAUAGCUGCUCGUCCAGAAUCUGUUCGGAAGUUGACGCCGCAGCGAGAGACAUUGUUUCACCUGGCUGCAAAGCAUCAUCAGUCCAGUGCUUUCGAGGCCUUGCUUGAAGAGGUUAAGAAGCUGAAACAAGAGCAUCUGCUCCACCGAAAAGACCGACAAGGAAAUAACGUUUUGCAUAUUGCUGCCUCCAACAAACUUAUUGGGAUUGUCAAGCUGUUACUCCCUGCCGAUAGAGCUAUGGUGCGAGUGAACACCUUGAACAAGAAGAGAUUAACAGCCCUGGAUGUUUACUACCAAAAUUCUAAGGAUAUAUCCACCCGGGACAUCGGCCGCAUCCUGUGUGAAGCAGGUGGCCUUGAAGGACGGUCAUUGCCAAUGAGAGCUUACAUCAGGUGGACUUUAGAAACCAAGAAUGUCAUAUUGGUAGUCCUGGGUAUCAUUACUGGGGCGGCAUUCACCACGGUUUGCAAUCUGCCCAAGUCUUUUGUGGAAGGCAGCAACAGCAUAGAAGGUGCAGAAUAUCAUGUUACAGAUGUACUAUUUGGUGGACUGCCGCACAUUUUCUACCUUAUGGUUUUCAAUACGGCCAUUCUUAUAGUUUGUGUGGGGGCAAUUGUAGUACUUUUGUGGUCUCUACCGUUUAGACCAGUUGUGCUGUUUGUGACCAUCAGUGUUGGUAUUGUUUAUUGUCUGUUGGUGAAUGAUAUUAUGCCAAAAUUCUCGUUCACAAUUGGCAAUCACAGAAUUUUCAGUUUUCCUUUGGUGGCACUGUUUGCCGUGGCUUUCAUUUGCUUUGGAGCCAUAGCAUACUAUGCCUUUUCCUGUCUCUGCCGAUUGACCAAGUGGGGGAUCAGGAAAACAAGGGAUGGAAUGUACGCUGUCCCAGUUCCGAUGAUCCAAUAAAUCUUCUCUGGGACCUAAAGAAUGUGCGAAUGCUACGUUUAGUUACUUGUAUAUAUAUGUUAGUGGACGCCAGGGAAGUGCGAGUGAAUGACGAACUGAAUAGACCAAACAUAGCCCAAAAUAACACAUACAUAGACUGAUGGACGGCGUCAAGUUGGUUGCUCCAUGGCCUAGCGUUUCCGCAAGUUUAAUAACACAGAUGAGAUUUUGUUAAUACGGUGUAGACUAAAAAUCAAAAAAGGAUUAAAGAAAUCCCCAGGUUUAAACUCCAAUGAUGCACCGAGACUUCAGCUAGGUUGAUGCCCUGAUUUGCUUUUGUUUAAGCAACAUAUAGAGUUCAUAUAUAUGUACAUGUAUAUGGGUCUUUCAUCUGCGUUGGUGCAAUGAUUUCUUGAGCAAUUUGCGAAGUCCAUAUGUAUAUGUGUAUAUUUGAUUUUGAACUAUUAAGUUAGGCAUUUGAUA